GAGGACAUAUGUAAUAGAUUUGGCUCUAAAUUUCGUUCAAAGCAUGACUCGUCCCUGCCACUCUCAGCACCAGAGCAAACCACUCUCUAUCCGGGGAAAAAUCAACGACAAGCGUUCAUUUGACCGUCCUGGACUCGUGCGCGACAUCCAUUUUCUCAUGCUGGAGUAGGAGCAGACGCCCGCGGCCAACCAUUCAACGCGAUAAGAUGCCCACAGCCGAAUUGCGGGGCUCCCCCUACCUAAUCAGCAGCAGGGCCAAAUAUUUCAGGACUUGUGUCAUUCUCGGAACUUGAUGCACGAAGCGAGAAUUGUCCAAUCUCCAAUGCUUCUCCCGUGAAGCUCAGCGAGAGAGAUCGGCUGAGAGCUUCUCAGAUUUCUCGAGAAGCGACGCGAACCGUGCGACAGUUCAGAUUGUGGGCCGCACAGUCCGAUUGCUGAUCCCGCGGAGUGCUC